AUGAAGGUAAAGACAGAUCUCAAAGUGGAAGGCUACCCGACCAUGGUAUGGUUUCACGGAGGCAAUUUCGUACGCGGCAGUCCAAACGCGAUCAAUCCCUUCCAACUAGUUCUCAAGCAAAAGGUUAUAUUUGUCUCCGUGGCUUACCGGCUGAAUAUUUUUGGAUUUUUCUCGACCCUGGAUAAUGAAGCGCCGGGCAAUUUCGGCUUAUUGGAUCAGGUCGCUUCUUUGAACUGGGUCAAAAAUAACAUCGCGAGUUUCGGAGGCGACCCCGACAACGUUUGCAUCUUCGGUCACGACGCCGGCGCAGUCAGCGUGGGACUCCAUUUAAUCUCGUCUUAUUCUUCAGGACUCUUCCAGAAAGCGAUCGCGAUGAGCGGAAACGUUCUGUCACCCGACACAGUAAACAUAGCACGAAAGGAAAUUAUAACGGUCGACAAAGUCGCCACUGCCUUCAGCUGUUUCAGAAAGCCGACCUACCAAUUACUAGAUUGUCUCAGACGGGUCAACUACCAAGCGCUUCUGGACAUCGGCGAACCCUUGGCCGAAUGGAAACCGCUCGUUGACAACGGUUUCAGUAACAUUUCACUACCGUUCCUCACCGAUUUGCCGAGCAAAAUGUUUGCGGACGAAAUAUUCAGUCCGGUCCCGAUUCUAACAGGUUACACAAACAUGGAAGAUGCUCUGUUAUUAGAUAAAGACGGGAGCGAAGACUCGGGCAUAAGUCAGAGGGAAUUCGACGUUAUGCGCGAGGAAGUUGUCCUAUCCGAUAUCACGGUGGACAAUAGUUCAUGUUUCACCAAUCAGCACCAUAUUCAGGACGCAGUAGCAUUUUUCUACAAACCUAUUCCGCCGACGACAAACGAGACCGUUUUGAGGAAACUCUUUCUUGAUUUCUACACGGAUAAAGUGUAUGGAGCGACGACGUAUCAACUAGCUAAGUAUAUAAGUAAGCACGCUCCUAUUUAUUUGUACCGUUUCGAUUUGAAGCCCUUUUCUGACGUCGCAAAUGAUGGUAUACCGGAUUGGGUGGCCGUUCCUCACAACUUCGAUUUAAUUUUCGCAUUCGGCAUGCCAUAUUUGCCCCUGCCCGAAGACCUAAAUAAAUGGGACUAUAGAGACAAAAGCAUAUCGGAUAUCAUAAUGAAAAUGUGGACAAACUUCGCCUGGUAUUCGAAUCCGACGAAUUCUGGCGUAAUUAUCCAGUGGGAUCCUUUUGAGGUGGAAAAGCCAGGUUUCUUCAUAAUAGACAGGAAAAAUUUCACGAUGAGCACACCGGAAACUGUCAACUACAAAGCGUUCGAGUUCUGGACGGACUUUUAUCCUAAAGUCGUGGAAAUAGGUACAAAGUGCUGUAAGGAAGUGCAAGAUGAUUCAUCAGCCAAUAUGACACGGAUAAAUAGAUAUUUGCACUUUGGAUUGUUAAUUUAUUUUAUUUUAUCGUUAAUAAAUUAA